AUGACACUCAAGGAAGUUCGGAAGGAACUUUCUGUAAAUGAUGAAAAUGGUAAAUGCAUUAUGGAGGAUGAUAUGCUCUUCUGUGACCUCAACAACGCACAGAUAAGGCAGAUUGAUGAAGGAAAAUAUUAUCUCGGCAUUAUACUAAAUGAAAUGAACGUCAUCUGCAUUACACGAUGUAAGACACUGGAAGAAGUCAUACCUCAUUUAAUUAGGCAGAGAAAGUUAGAUUGCGGUAUUCGAUGGACUGAAAGUGGACCAGCGCAAUCAGACAACGUAGCCUUUAAGUUUAAAAGCUAUGCUGUUAUGGGCGAUAGAAUUGAGUAUAUUGAACGUGCGUUUGAACAAACUAACAAUCGUAAACGCUCUGUACUCUGUGAAAACGGCAUCGAAUGGAAACUUGAUUUGAAGACGUUAUGGCAAUCUACCGGCCUCGGCGCACACUUUACGAAUGAAAGAUCGAAUGAAUCGAGUACAAAUCAUAGAAAAUAUCGGCAUGUCCAGAGGCAUAUCCGAGCGACACUAUUCAUGAAAAGUGAACACAUUGAACCUUCUGAUAACUUCAAAAAUGAGGUAGAGGAAGCUGUGGGGUUGCUUGAUCUAGGAGCGAAGAGUGCAAAGUUGAAAGAAAUUUGCGAGAAAUAUGGGUACUUUUGGGCGAGAGAAGUACACUUGGGGGGGAUGAUUAUCAAUACCGAAGAAGAGAGGGAAAACGCCAACGUACAAUCAGCUCGGAGAAGAGGAGGCCUUGAUAUUAAUAUGAAAACAGGUCCAUCAGAAUUAAGGAGUGGAAUAUCUCAAAAUAAUGAUAGAUUGAACCAAAAUUCAUCCAGCAAUGCAAACACGAAGUUUACAGUUAUUGGUGGAGAUUUGAACACUUACAUACAUCCGGGUGAUGAAAGCAAGUGGCACAGAACACUCCAAGACUCUUCUACCUGGGAGAUAAUCCAUUAUGAAGACAUAGUUCCAAUAUAUGAAAUUUUUGAAGAAAGGAUACAAAAUGCUAUUCGUGAAAUAUUCAGAGCAAAAGUUUGUUAUAGUGGCAUUGAUGUAUUGGACCUUCAGGAAAAGAAUUUUUGUAUACGUCCAAUAAGGUUUCCCCCUAACGUGUGGGAAGGAAUUAGACAGCAUCAAAUAUUUGCAGAAGUUAUGUAUGAAGGCGAGCCUGAUACUAUGUUUGCUGCAAACAUUGAACAAACAGAGGGGUUACCAAAUGUGCGUGUUUCCAAAAUUCAAGCAAGUGGCAGUAGAAAUUAUAAUUUUUUCAGGAAAAAAAGCAAGUUAAAAUUAGCCUACAUUAUCACGGGAUAUCCAAAAUCAUCUGAUUCUCAAACGAAAGACGAGUUAUCAGUGGAAGUUGCUGUUGUUCAAGGCGAAAAGAAAAAUGACAAGUUUGUUGCUUCAUUGCCAGAGGUUACAAAUAUCCAAGGGUUUUAUCAAAAAGCUGUUUUAAUUACUUGUUAUAUAACACAACAGACUAUGCUGGCAAUGCAGAAAACUGGAUCCAAAAGAAGAGAUUCUGACAAUUGUAUUGUUUUUACAAUGCACCUUCACAAGCCUGAUGAUGUCAGACCUACUGAACCUACAGUUGCACUGCCAAUGGUGCUUACAAAAUGA